UUUUGACAAUGUAAGUACAAAAAGGUAACUCCCCCUAAUUUUAGUGCCUUCGGGAAUGUUUUUUUUUUUUUUUUUUUUUUUUUUUUGAGUAUUGAUAGCUGCUUAAUUUUGACGUGGGGCCAGGCUUGUUUUCAGUCAGUUCAUUUGACUUGAAGACGUUUUGUGACCGACCUAAGAUCCCUGUCGCAACUGUGAUGUCCAACGCUUACCACGAACUGUCAAAGGCCUAUAUAUAGAAUGAAGAAGAAAACGCAAUUAUGAUAAUAUGGGUUAUGAGUACGUUUCAUUUCCCAGCGUACAUGAAUCUGCUAGAGAAGCCGUGGAUUGAAUGGGUGGGGGGUGUGGUGGCGGGGGUAGGGGUGACUACGCAAUCGUGUGGAGGUGAAUUCUGUUCCCAUAGUAGGCGUCCGAAGACGAAAAUCCAAAUAGGGCUCGCCAGAGUGUGGUAAGAAAGGGGAAACUUUAGCGAAGUCCGAGAAGUGCGGCCGGACCCACACUGCAGUAUUCGGCAACCUCGUGUUUUUCAGAGUUCACUCCCACUGUUGCCAGAUGCGAGUUUCGCCGACAUCCUAUCCUCCGCGGGCAGGGCAGGGGGGCCCCUUCACCGAUGCGGUUCUCGACUGAAAACGCAAUCUUCGGUUACGGCCAAAAUGUGACCGUUCCCGAAUCGACAACAGCGACGCUUCAGGUCUUGAUAUGAGUCGACAAAAUUAUAAUUUCCCCUCUCUUUUCCCCGGGAUUGGCUACACUGAUGCCGCUGGUUUAAGCUCUCACGCUAGCUGCGAGGAACAGGUGACGCUCUCAGGCAAUAUUGAUCCUAGCACGCUCUUCCCAGCCAUUAACAAACAUUCGCUUUGGUUCGCCUGAAGCUCGUUGUUUCGUUCACUCAGCUUCAUCUGGACGAAGCUGAUCGUGAUUCGUCCAUCAGUAUGAAUUGGAAGAAUGAGAUCGCGUUGGCAUAAACGCAAAUUUACCAGUUCUGCAGAAAGCCCGUCAUAUUAUCUAGCAGUUCCAGGCGGGCAGAGAAACGAGUCUUUGCAGUAUUAAGGAUUGGGAACUAAACCCAAAGAGAAUGCUGGAAUACGGGAAUUUCUGCGUGAGUUUUGACGUCAGAUUUCUCGGAAACUGGAACUACCUCAAUGGGGACGAAGGAACUUUUUGGAAAGUGUCUUAAAAUAUAAAUUGAGAGGGUACAGACGAUCCAGGUAUGGGUUUUGGUCGAGAAACUGGGAGUUUUUCGUGAGCGGCCCGGAGGUCUGGAACGCGCGAACCAUUCUGGAACGGUGCCGGCAGAGCGCCUGCGCGCGAAGGGGAACAGGGAGGUGGUGGUAAUGUCGGAGCGAACACUGCCGGGGAAGAGACACUUACUUCUGCGGGUAAAACUGCGACCAGGGCAGUGGUUGUGGUGGGCGUAGCGGUGGGAGUGAGGGUCGUGGGCAAGGAGGGGGCGUUUGUGAAGGCAGAGAUACCCCUGCGGGAAAGAUCGAGGCCGCAGUCGAACAAACCCAAGGGGUUGGUUGGCCUCCAUGCUGGCAGACUCUCGUUGUGGUGGUGGCUGACAAUUGUUGCUUCCAGUGAAACAGGUGGUAGUGAGGUGACGGAGGACACGGCGCAGGAGGAAGCCCGCUGGAAGCCCGCUGGAAGCUCUACUGCCCUUGCAUCUCGUCCUGUCUUCCUUGCAAGAUGCACAACGAAGCACCCCAGAGGCCGUCGCUUUCCUCUGCCUCCUGAUGGAACCGCCUAUCGGACCUCAACUCGACGCCCUGUUGCUAUGCAAGAGAGAGAGAGAGAGAGGGAAGAAGAGAGACCAAGAGCUGCUUCGCGUGUCCCACACUCCCCUUCGGAUCAUGCAAAAGCGCGCACACAAACACACACACACACACAUACACACACAACAACUGGUGGUGUAAUAGCUGAAAGCCGAUGUCGAAUCCAAGCGCUGAUCUAUGUGCGAAAAUGUCUUUUUUCCCUUUCGUGAAAUACUGCCGAUCCUGCAAGUUGACCUCAGUGCUAGUGCAAUCAUAGCAGUAGAACCCGAUAAGAUUCCUUACAGAGAAAGAGAUAAGGAAGAAGUUAAAAAUAAAAAAUAAAAAGUGGCCUCGUUCCGGAGGAAACCGCUCCUCUGCAUCUGCCUCCUCUGCUCUCUCGUCUUUUUUUCCUCUUUUGUCUAUGCGAUCGUGAAAAAAUAAGUAAAGAAGAGGCGACACAGAGUGAUCACGAGAUAAAAAAGGAACGUCUUUAGGAAUAUAAUGUCGUCCCCUCACCACCUACAGCGUCUUCUCACUCCUAAUCAUCAUCACCAUCACAGUCCAAACAGCGAUCCAGGGAUGCCACGGUGUUACCUCGUCAAGAAAGUGGUCGUCGCCAACGAUGGAGGGGGGAACAAGGGGUGCACAGCCCCCACCUCUCCCACAGCAGGGACCCCUGCCCCACCCACACCACCUGACAUGGCAGAUCAGGAGGCUCAAACGCGUGUGUAUCACGAACUUCGAGCUGCUGAUCCUUCCUUCAGCUGUACUUUCCAGUACUACCAGACCACUCCAGACCAUGCUUACGCUAAUAUUCAGCCUCAAACCUGUCUCUCUACUAGUCAGCAAACUUGUAUUUCUACAGACCAGCAGACAUGUCUUACUCUGAAUCAAGAGGCCAGUGUUCCGCUAUGUCAGCAAUCUUGCCUGCCCGCCAGCCAGCAAAACUACAUAAGCAGUAGUCAGCAGUCAACCAUCACCGCCACCACCCCGCAGAAUUGUUACGCCACCAGCCAGCAACAGCAACAGCAACAGCAAUGUCACUCCCCGCGGCAAGUCUGCCACCUAACAAGACAGCAAAGCAGCAGCCAAGCAAGACAACAACCACACUGCCUUCCCGUCACUCAGCCAUCUGCCGUGACUACUAGUCAAGAGUCUUCUUGUCACCAACUCACCCACCAAACAGAUCACACUUUUACGCCUCUUCACCUUCGCCCAGUUGAAGAAACUGAAGCUGCUCAUGAUCUGCUAGAACUGGCACGCUCUGCACCAGCUUACAGCUAUCAGCCUCCUACACCAGCUUCCUCCUGUGACUCAGUGGAAGCAGCUUCCACCAGCUACUCUGAAACCAACACAGCUGAUGACACCGAGGCUAUCUAUGAAGACAGCGAAGCAAGUCUUACUAUUUCUCCUACGCCUUCUCCAGCUGGAAGUAGCGACACUGAGAAUGUAGCUCCGUCCUUUCCGCUUGGGCUUGAUGAUGGGCGAUCCAGACUGCGGACUGGGCGAUCCGAGGGAGUUCGAAUAGGUCGCCACAAACCCAGAUAUACCUGUUCUGAAUGCGGCAAGCACUACGCUACUUCAUCCAACCUAUCACGUCAUAAACAAACGCAUCGCGAUUUGGAUUCCGGCAAUGCCCGAUGUUGUCACGUGUGCGGUAAGGCUUACGUCAGUAUGCCGGCUCUUGCCAUGCAUGUGCUCACGCACAACUUGACACAUCGCUGCGGUGUGUGUGGCAAGGCUUUCUCACGCCCUUGGUUGUUGCAAGGACACAUGCGAUCUCACACUGGGGAGAAGCCAUUCCGAUGCCAUCAUUGCGGAAAAUCGUUCGCUGACCGCUCCAAUCUGCGUGCCCACAUGCAGACCCAUUCACAGCUCAAGAAUUUCAGGUGUAAGCGCUGUAAUAAGUCUUUUGCCCUCAAGUCUUACCUCAACAAACAUUACGAAUCAGCAUGCUACCGAGACGGGGCAUGUGGCGAGACGUGUCAGUCUCCAGGUCCUUGAAGCUCAUAUUAUUUAUGUCUAUGUCUUAAUUCACAGUGGACUUGUGUAUGAUGGCAAUGUAAUAAUGCAUUAAGUCUGUCUUGAGAAAAAGUAAGCAUUUGUAUGUAAAGAUAUAAAUAAUGUUAUGAUCCUAUACUGCAUCCAUAGUGGACCAGGAUGUAGUCUCUCAGCCAAAAUUACAAAGGGACAAGAAAGCAAAAUCACUCUUGGCUGAACUUCUGGUUCCACUGUGGUCCCGUGACCUGAAAUUAAGACUUGGCAAUAAAAAAAAAAAGUCAGGUUGCCUGACAGGUAGAUUAGCUGCUCUUCCACAUAGCGUUACAUUAAUUGCACUAGCAUCUGACAGCGAACAACAAAGUGCUUUAUUUUGCUCCUUGAUCCAAGUGGUUUCACAAGUGUAACAUUGUAUCAUAAUUUCUCUUAGCAUUGUGAUUUUGAAUUCCUCUGUGAUUUUUAUGUGACAUCAUCAGCUACUGCAUAGUUACUAUGAAUAAUGAGGAGUCAAAAGUUAUCAAUAACAUAUGACGAAUUUCUUUUUUCAAUUUUCCACAUUGAAUAUGGCAUGUUAUGAUAAUAAGGAUUAAAAUACAAAACUCCUUGCCUUCAUAAAUUGUUACACCACUCAGACAUAGUAUCCAUCAUACACGCUGCUUUUUCCUUUUGGAUUUUUAGCUGCAUGCAAUACUAUUAGUUCUUGUGAAGCAAAUCUAGAUGACCUUUAGAGGCCAUAUUUUCCUUUUAGAGUCACGAAUGGCAUUUUAUUGAAGCUUUGGUGCAUAGGAAAAUAAGCAGUUGUAGUUAUAGCGACAGUAGUCAAGGUAGAGUUAAAUUUUUAUUGACAAAUUCAUGGCAAAGGAUCAAACGCAGCAAUGUUUUUUAAUAAGCAUCUGAAUUACACUUCAGUAUCAUCAUCCCCUUUGAGUUAGUUAAUUGUUCUUAAUGCUCACAAUAGACGGAAAGUUAUUGUUGUCUCUGUGAUUAACACAAUAGUGUUUGAAGCUUAAAUGAAUUUGCUUGUGAGAUUCAAACAGUAUUUGAAGAUUUGGCCAUUGCAUUAAUUACGAACUGCACUUAGAUUCCGUAAUAACAGAAGGAGACCAUCGAGAACAAUUAGAAAUCACAUCUCUGGGCAUUACCUUCUUUUUAAAAAGAACAUUAAAAAUGCUUCCUAAUGCUACUAAAUCUAAGAGAGCUUCGGUUCCCUACUUCGUAUAUGCAUCCAGAAGUGGUGAGGACUACCUUUUCACUUUGGAAAUUUACAUUUUUGUACCUAAUAUCACUUUUGACCGAAGUUUGAAUGAUUAUACUGAAGCAUUUCCCAUUUACAUUAUGGCCUUUGUUUUCAGUUCUGAAUGUUCUCAUUUAUCAAGAAAACAAGUUUACCACCUAGUUUUUUUUAAGCAAAGAGGCAUUCUUCAUCAGAUCAGACUUCCAGAAUAGCAAGGACGCAAUUUCAUGAUAGAUUCUGCUUGAAAGUUAGCUGGAAACAAAGUACCAUAAGAGUGAAUGUAAUUUUCCUUUGAGAGUUUUUCAUACUCAGUUUAUGAGAAUAACCAUAAAGUUUAGUGCCCCUUCAUCUGAUGCUUUACUAGAGUUGUAAGGGUUUGUCCGCGAGCAUUUCCUCACACUGUUCAGUGGACAAAGACACUACAGAUCUAUUUGCAGUUUCCAGCAUGUUUGCAUGAUGUAAAGAGGCGCAAGUCACUUGCAUUUUAUUCUCUUUUUUGCCCCCAAAGUAACAGAAGCUUCAGUUCCAGUGACAUUGAUCCUUGCAAGCAAUAAUCAUAGCAAUACAUUAUAUACUGUUAUCGCAUCGUGCGUAGUGCUAAAAGUAGAAUCUCAUCUAAGUUGUAAUCUAGAGUAAUUAUUUUUAUACAAUGAAAUUUGAUGUUUUGUGUUAGUUCUCUGAAGCCCGUUGGAACACGUCCUGACUGCAUAGCGAAGGAACUGUUGUUUUUUGUAUCCUGCAGAGCAACAGCAGAGGCAACAAACUGUUUUGACGUCAAAUUUGAUCCGUCGAAUCUCAAAGCAUUGAGCCAAACGAGUUGGGACUUGUUCUAGACCUGUUUCUCUAGAGUCAUUAUUAAAUGCACUACACUGAAAUAGAUUUGCACACUUCUUAUGGGUUCCCCUUGCGUUAUUUUUUAACGGACCACGGUUCUUGCCAGGGGUAGCAUCCUUACGUCAAAAAGGAAAAUCUCUCAAUACACAGGGAAGGUUCAUCGACAGAUAGGGAGUCUGGGACCGGGGAAAUUCUCGUCUUUCUUGGAGAUCCUAUGAAUUCUUAGCAUUUUCUUGAAUGGACGCAAAGUUAAAAAACAAAUAACGAAAUGUUUGUGUCCAGGUUUUACUUCUGUAGUCAAACGAAGGGGUCUGUUUUCUCUCCCCCUUUCGCGCUGAAAUCCUAAGAAACGAAAAUGUACCUGUUCAACUGUGAAUGAAUAUUUAUUUGAUACUAUAAAACAAAAAAAGGUGUUCCGAAACGAAAACCGAAAAACAAAAAACUAAAUAAAAAAAUGUUUUUGAACUUGCAUGAUCACUGUUCUAUUAAAUGCUCAGGUAACGGUGCUGUUUUUGCAAAGACUAUGUGGUCAUGCUUACUGUAGUUGUUAGCGUAGUUAUUUUUAGAGUCAAACUUAGCAUUUAGCCAUUGGUGGUGGUGGUGAUGAUGAUGGUGAUACUGGUGGUGGUGGUGGUGAUGAUGAGUAACGCUGAGGGUUUCAGGCGUUUGUGUUUGAGGGAGCAAGAGGCAUCGGAGGGAAAAGGCCCGAGAUAAUUCUAGAAGAAGGAGGAGGAGGAGGAGUAGGAGGAGGAGGGAAGGGACGCGUUUGUUUGUACAAGCCCAGGAAGGUAAAGGAGGUAUGGGAACGUGUUUGUACUACAAUCCCUGGAAGGCAAAGGAAGUAUGGGAAUGUGUUUGUUUGUGCAUGUCAAAGAUGGUAAAGGAAGUAUGGGAAAGUGUUUGUUUGUACACGUCAAAGACGGUACGGGAACGUGUUUAUAAAUGUCACGGAAGGCAAAGGAAGCAUAAAACAUACCCAAAAGUUGUCAGAUCUACGAGAGACCACAGUUUUAUUUUUGGAGGAAAGACACUAUUUGUAUUAUUAUAUAUAUAAACCUUUGUUAGUUAUAAAUCAACCGUGGUUUGAUCAGUUGACAAAAUGGAUGGAAAGGUUUUCUGAGUAUCAAUUUUAGAAUGAAUAUGGAAGGCCCUUAUUUAUGCAAAUAACAUUAUUAACCCUUAAGAGUCAGUGUGCUAAGUGAAAUUUUCAAAAAAUAAAAAAAUCUAUUUUUGCACGGUACGAAUUCUUUUGCUCUCUAAUUUUCGUGUUCAGCCUCCUUUUAUUCCAUCAAUUGAAGCAAUAAUGAUCACGAGCUCAUCUUCUCUCAGCAGAAUUUCUGACUAACUUUCUCCCCCCUUCGAGGACCAUGACUAUUCCAAAGUCAUGUGUACCUAUACAGCUGGAGCAUAUUUUUUUUUCGGAUUGGGCCUCAGUAAUGAAUACCGUUCAGUAGUCGAGCUUAUUAAUCAAUUAUGGCAUAGUUAAAAAAAAAAAAAGGCCAUCCAUACCUAAGAGGAAAUAUCUUCACGAUGCUGUACUCGAUUCAGCCGCUUCUUUAAAAAUGUAUCAUCUUUUGUCUCCCUAUUUUUCCAAACUCGAAUUCCUUGAUUUCCAAUGUAUUUAUUUUUUAUUGAUAAGGUGACAUGAGUGUAUACUCCCUUGUGGAAACAAACUAUGUUCCUGUUUGAUCAUUUACGAAUUAUUACUGUAUGUGUACAUAAUAGAAUGUGAUCGAUUUAUAUAACGAAAGUUAAUUAUUUUUUAUCUGAGAAGAUCAGGUUUCAGAAAACUGUAAGCGACUUAAACCAAGAGAAACUGUGUUAACACCUUCAGCAAAAGAAAAGUUAAAACAGAUUAACAGAAGCAUCCUCAUUCUGACAGGCUUUUGUUGCAAUAUAUAUUUUUCGUCAAUGUAGAUAUUUCGGUGUUUUGUUAAGCAUAGAAUAAACUAAUGUAUAGAAACUAUAUUAUUUACUGAUGUUUUGUAGUUGGAAAACGGUAUUACUACUGAAGAGGUAGAGAUGUCUUUAGUUAUUAGAUAUCAUUUCAUUAUGCAUUUGUUACUUGUUUCCUUCACGUAUUGAUUAGUUUAAGGUUGUUUUACAUGAUUUUCCAGAAAAUGUGUUCCGUGUUUUAAUAUUUUUUUUUUAAUAAGGACAUUUCAUGUGAUAAUGAUACUUAUUUUAAAAUGAAAUUUCUUCUCGCCAGGAAGUUGUUAAAUUCACACUCGAUUUUUCUAAUCUCAAAACAAAAACUAAUUCUAUUUUGAAUGUUACAUUUAAGGAAGGUUCAAAAGACAUUGUUAAAAAAAGUAUGGUUAUAAACACAAUGACCCCAAAGCUGUUUGUUCAAAAAAAAAAAAGACUGCUCAGAAAUUACUCUUAAGUGACUUAUUGGUUAUUAGAAUCCAUUCGCUCAUUAAUGUAUAAGUAAUUAAGUAAGUCUGUGUCGUGUAUACUUCAGUAUUAGUUCUUCACCUGUUAUGUGUAAAUAACGUCUUAAUUUAUUGCUAAUUUAUUUCUCUGUCGAAGAACAUCUAUUUAACUUAUGUAAUGAUUCCGUUAUAAGUCUGCUGUGGAAGCGUGGGACUGAACAAAAUGAAAACGACUUUUUUUUCUUUUACAGUUAUGACUGAAUGUUGUGCAAAUGAGACAAUAUUCACCUCAAAAGGUUUAUACGUCAAGUUUGGUUCUCUAUGCAGACUCCUAUGUAUACAAUGUCUCUCUUGCACUGAACAGCAAUUCUCACCAAUGAUGUCUACCUGACGCAGACUGAAUUUUGAGGUGACUGACUAUAUAAUUAUGAAUUCAUCUGUAUUUUCU